ACAAAAGCGGAGCGUCACGAGCUGGCGAACGAAAUCAUCGGAGCUCGUCGCCGCGCUCUCCGCCGUCAGAUCGGGAACUGCGGCGACAGCUGCGGGCCCUAACGGCGCCGCCCGCUCCCACGAGUGCACGUCCAGCCAAUCAAUUAGGGUUGUUGUUCUCUUUCCUGACUCUUAGUCUCUCCUUUGCCUCUUUUGGCGUUCCAAGAUUUGAGAAGAUGCCGGCUGGAGCUGGGAGUCGAAGCUAAUCGCUUUCAGGAAGCAGAGAAGCCCUUGAAUUAUUUUGGGAUAUUCUUCCUGAUGAGUCCAGAAUCAAUAACAUUUCGUCAAAAAAGGAGGAUGAAGAAUGCCAGAAACAAGUACAUGAACCCAGGUGCACUUGUGCAGCUCAGUUGCAGCAGGACCACUGCCAGAUCUUGUGCAGAUGUAGGGAUGAAAGGGGUUAUCUUGGAGUCUAAGGAAGAAAUAGAUAAACUACAUCAAAAUGAGAUUAUCCGAGAGAGUAUCCCUACCGUGUCUCCUGUUGGGGUCUACCUUCAGCCUGCAACAGAAGUCAGUAAGCAACAGAAACAGCCUCAAACACCUAAAGCACAGCACGCUGUCGGUUCUGAUGGUCUUUCAAGGCUUGAAUCUCUUCCUAUGGAUCUUCUGGUUAAAAUCCUGUGCUACUUGCAUCAUGAUCAACUAAGAGCUGUUUUCCAUGUUUGUCAGCAAGUUCGAACAGCAGUCCUUUUGGCUAGGAAACAACAUUUUAAUUACACUACUCCAGACAGGUCUAGGCAAGGGAUGCUUAGGAAUAGAACUCCUGUUCCAAGUGAACAUUGGUCAUUUAUAAGGAAGGAAGGGAAGGGUAUGUGGGUAUCAAGCCCACACACUCCAAGAGCUCCGAGACAAGGACCUCGUCCUCCUCGUCUUCACAUAAUGGAUAUGAAACAAAUUUCAGCUGUUCUUUUCCAGGAGUCUACAUUAUCUCCAAGGCGCAUUGCCCCUCCAGGUUUGCCAAGGCCACUUUUCAAGGCUGUGGCUUCUACUAGAGUUCUAAUUUAUGAAGAUGAGCUCUGCCAGGCAGUAGCACAUAAUAAGCUUCGUUAAGGCUUCUAUUGGAAUCUAUUUUCCCAUAUACAUUCUGCCCUUUUCCUUUUCUAUAUGUAUAUGGCUUAGUAUGCAGGUGUGCAGCUUGCAACCACUGCAUCUAAGAAUUAGAGGACAGUUAUGUGGAAAUUAUCACCUCAAAACGACAUUGGGUUGUAUAUAGAUCUUUAUACAAAUAUUACGUGAUCCUGAUUUUGCUUUUCUGUGAAAUAUGCCUUUUCUUCAUAGAUGACAUGGAUUAUGCUUUUGUGCAUCAUUUAGACUAGGAAUCUCUUUCGUUUCUUCCGAGGGAAAUUGAAGUGAGGU